AUGGCAGAGGCCCACGAAUGCGUACGGGCAGCACAACUCACCAUUGAAACUGUCCACUGUAUUAUCAGUGCGGAUUCUACAAUCUUCACUGCCUCACUGGUGAUCAGCGGCCGCCUACUGUGGGCACAGCAUGGAGAGAACGUGGUGGACGAAGCAGCUGUCAAAGACUCGAAGAUUUUACUUAGUAAGGCAGAAAAGAUCUUCCACGAGCUAGACCGCGAAAACAGUCUGGUCUUGAGUUGCCUUGAAUACAUUUGCAGACUUGCCAGAAUGUGCAGUAUCAAAGAAGCUGCACCAAAUACAUCCGAGGGCUGCUCUGAUACUGACUUGGCCUUGAAUCCGGCAGUGUCUAACAGCCAACCGACUUUUGAUCCUGCCACUGGUUCGGCGGAACCAGUGCUCCUCAACGUAGAGGACAUGGAGGCAUUCCAGCUUUUCUCAUCGGAAAUGUUCGACCCCUCUAUCUUCGAGGGCUUCCAUCAACCGCCGGUCGAGGGGAUUACUUUGAGCAGCGGUUUAUGGGAUGGCUCCCCUUGUGGAGGCCUUUGAGAGAUGUCUAGCUAGGAGGUUGGGUUGAGCAGUACAAGUGGUACAAUCCGAAUUUCUGGACUCUUUUAGCCAUACGAUGCACCCACAGGCUGCUGGCGGGGGCACAGUUAGGUAACGGAGAAGUGAUGUCAAACCUCAGCCCUACGCUUUCCUUCGUUUCUGAAGACUUUGAUUACUC